AUGGGGCAAUUCUCUCAUACACAUACACGAAAUCAAAUUUUGAUAAAUGCAUCAUUUGCUGAUAAUUAUCAACCGAUAACACCAUUUGUUCCUUCAACAUCUGAUCUCGUUCGACUCAAUACUAAAUGGCAAGGACAAUUGAAAGUUGAAAGAGAGCGAGUUAGACGAAAUUUAAUCACUGGUAAACAUUAUAAAACAGGCGACGAGUCAAACAUGGACGAUAUAGAAGAUACAGUUGUAACACUGAUAAAUGCAACUAAUUCAACUAAUUCAAAUAUGAACAUGUCUGAUAAUUAUAACUCACUUCUUCCAGUUGCUUCAGUAGCAAGUACAACAUAUUGAGAUAACAAUGGCCAGCGUAUCAUGUGUAUACCCGGGUGUGGUGGUACAGGAAAAUCACAACUUAUUCGUGCUGUAACUGAAUAUUUUCGUGUUACAAACAGAAUACAAAAGAUGCGAAAGCUAGCACCUACUGGAAUUGCAGCCGCUGAAAUUGGUGGUAUGACUAUUCAAUCGUUUUUAGGUGAACAACGCAAUUCAGGAAAGCCACGAACUAUUAAACUAGGUGAUUUGAAACUGGAAAAAGAAUAG